GGUGCAGUGAAUCCAGCCACACAUCCAGUCCAAUCCAUGGUCCUAUCCAACUCUGAAACAAACUGCUGUGACCUCUCCUCACCGGCGGAGGUGAGACGAGCGAGUGUAACGACAGAACACUUACCAGCUGUAACCUCUGGUGUCACAACGGUGUCGCAGAACACCUACCAGUUCGAGCAUUCUCCGUGCCCGCCUCGUGUGGCAUGAGCGGCGGCACAUCAUCAUGGUCGUGGCUGCGUUUCCGAUCGCCAAGUUGGCCGCACUGGCCUUCCGUCAGCUCAGCAAGCCGCUGGCCAACCGCAUCAAGCAGGGGGCCAAGAACAGCCCCUUCUUCCGUACAUACGUGUGCAUGCCACCGGCGCAGUUGUACCACUGGGUCGAGGUGAACGUCAAGAUGCGCAUCCUGAACCUGGGCAAGCCCACCGAAGUGCCUCCGCUCAAUGAGGCGAUGGCCAUCGAGCUGGGCGCCGAGCUGCUGGGCGAAAUGAUCAUCUUCGCUGCGGCCGCCGCCACGCUGAUCGCCGAGUACAUGCGCCAAGCGCGCAACGAGCGGCUGCGCGAGAACGCCAAGGAGGAGAAGCAUCUCUGCCUCGAGUGCGAAGUCAAGGACCUGCGGCUACGCGUCGAACAUCACGAGGCGCAGAUCAAGCACCUCACCAGGCUGGCCGGCACCUUCGUGGUCGCGCCGCCACCGCCAGCUGCUGAAGAGGGCGCCAAAUCGAAACUGGCUGGAAGCACCGAAACGAAGGCUUCAGGCAACACCGAACCUGUCAAGGCAUCAUCGGCGAACAGUAUUGAAUCUAACACCACAGUCGUAGGUCGUGCCUUGAACGAUGCAACGACGAGUCUUCUAGGAAAGACCUUGUCGUAGUCACAGUGCGGACGACGGGUGCUCCCGGUGCUGAGAGGACCUCCGCGGGACGUCAUAUGUGUCCUUCUCAGAGCUAGUUCGUGCGUCCUCCAAACAAGUCUCCCUGACGCCUCAAGGAACGCGUAUACUUUCACGUUGCUUCGCGAAGGAGUUGUUGACCUUUCUCUCUGUUGUGCUGGAAUCGAAACGUUCGCUGUGAUUUUUUUAUUUUCUAGUUUCUCUGCGUAGCCGUGGCCGCGUUUGAGGCGGCACGUCUUAAAGCGCGCACUUUCAAAUCGAAACAUGUGUCAUUUGAUGCAUAACUGAGCAGAUUGAGCAAACACAAUUUAUUUUGCUAAUACAGUUUAAGCUAGUGCUAGGCCCGUGCUUGAUGCAUCGUACAAUUGACGUAAGCCCGCCUUUUAUGUAAGCGACCCUUGCAGAUAGUUAUAAAUUUUGCAUAAUAAUAAGACAGCACACUUUGAAAACUGAAUGUGUAAAAAGGAAUUCUACUUGUGUGAGAAGCCUGAAUAAAUUUGCCUGCUCCUGGUAUUUUUAACAGCUGGCAGUGCAUAGCAUAUUU